GUAGGCAGUUACAAACGUUACUAUUUUGAGAGAGUCAGUGUAUGCGCUCCGUAGCAAACGAUCGGAGGAGGGUUGGAGGGGUGAGUGAGGCAGAGAAAGACAGAGCGGGGUUUGGCUUGCUCCUCUGCACAUAAAGAGCCGUGCACAUCCAGGAUGAGGGAGCGCUGGGAGACUCUGACCUGCGGCCGACGUGACACUGAAUCCAGGUAGAAGCGGAAGAAGGCAGGCAGUGUAAGUCAGGAGGUCGCGUGAGAAAGCUGCCUCGCAGAACAGAACCAGAAACAUCUUUCUUUUUUUUCUUCACAACGAGCCCUCCAUCAAAGGGACAGAGGGUGAAAGAGGACAGAGAGAGGUGGAGGUGAACGGAGAGAGAGGAAAGAUGGCGAGUUUUGGGAAACUCACAGACUACUUUAACCGCCGUAAGUCUCGAGAGGAGCUGCGGGUGGGCAGGAGCUCGCGGCGCAGUGGCAGUUACUGCUGCACCGUGGCAGAGGCCAGGUCGCUGGAAAGGAAACUGCAGAGACCCCUACUGGCGAAGUCCCGCACCCUUCCCAGCAUCCCCCAGUCACCAACGGUCUCCAGGGUCCACCACUCCGAUCUCAUUGGCGGGAGUCCCCCCCGCAGGAAGAACCCAUUGGCUGUGACCAGCCACCCAAAGGCCUGCACUCUGCCACCUGCAGGGGAACUCUGGCGUUUGGAGGAUGACAUGGACUGCGACGAUGAGCCCGAGCAUGGCGGGUGCACACAUGCGCGCCCACGCUCCCAGUCACCCUUUUCCCAUUUCCGGGCGCGGGCUGCCUACCUCCGCAAGAGCGUCUCAGCAGACGACCACCUGGACAUGGGCCUGGACGAGAGCUCGGGGACGGCGGGCGAGGGCAAACCAAGCCGUGGCAGUAAGGGCAAGCUGAAGAGGAAGUUUAGUCUGGGUUCUGCUGACCGGAAGGAGAAUCAGCAGAAGAAGUUAGAGUCGGGGAUCUCCAAAUUUACCCAUCGUCUGUCCCUCAAAGAGCGUCCGGCCAAGACAGAGAAGACCUCCUCGGACAGACCUCCAUCAUACAGGCGACGAUCUCUCAGUGUGGACUGGGCUGACUCUGCCAAGAUGACGCAGCCCAUGAGGGGCGACCAGGCCCACCAGCCAGCCCCAGCCCGCAAGGCAGCCAGCCUGUCUUCGCCAAGCGCGGCUCGCCGCCUAUACCGCAACUUGUCUGGAAAGUUCCGUGUGGGCACCAACCCCCCUGCCCUCGAGGACAGCGUGGUGUCAGGACGGGGAGGAGACAAGGAGAGGCUGCGCAAAACCACCAUAUUCCAGAGUAGUGAAGCCCUGUUUGAAGCAGUGGAGCACCAGGAGCUGGACUUGGUGCAGCUGCUUCUCUCCCAGUACAGCCUGGAGGAGCUGGACCUCAACACGCCCAACAGCGAGGGCCUCCUGCCCCUCGAUAUCGCCAUCAUGACCAACAACGUGCCCAUGGCCAAGCUGCUUCUGCGAGCCGGCGCCAAGGAGAGUCCCCACUUUGUGAGUCUGGAGGGCCGAGCGGUGCACUUGGCCACCUUGGUGAAGGAGGCAGAGCAGAAGGUGUCGGAGCUUCAGGCUCAGGUGCAGAGCGAGGGCCCCUGUGAGCGAGAGGGAUCCGACCAGGAAAGGCAGCUGAAAUCCUGGGAGUGGAGGCUGCGGCUCUUCCGACGCAUGCAGACGGGCUUCGAGCAUGCGAGCCCUCCAGACGCUCCCAGUGCAGUUUCCCUGUCUGUCAGCAGCAGCACCAGUCUGACGGUGGACUUCCAGGAACCCCUUUGUGUCAACUCUGCUGUGGUUACUAAGUACAAAGUGAGCUGGAGCUCUUCUCCGUGCUUCAGUCCUUUGCUGGGAGAGACGGUGGUGGAGGACACUGAUCUGCUCCAGUGCAACAUCACUGGACUCCCUUCUGGGGCAUAUUACUACGUCCAGGUGUCGGCCUACAACAUGAAGGGCUGGGGGCCUCCACAAGUCACAACCCCUUCCUGCGCUGCGCCGUCCAGUUGGAGGGACAUCGAUGGGCGCGCUCCGCGUCAGAGAGGCCAGAAGGAGGCACUGGACCAGCUGCUCGGACAGAUAAAGGAAGCUCACCGACACUGCGUCUGCCACGAACAGUGCAAAGCUCCAGCACAGGCCAGGAAGCACUCGGUGUCCAAGAGCCUGCGCCACCUCUUCCAACCCACCAGCAAAUUUGUUAAAAGCUUGAAAAGGGGUCUCUACCUGACAUCCAUAUUCUACAGAGAUGACAACGUGUUGGUGACCCCAGAGGACCAGAUUCCUGUUGUGGAGGUUGAAGAUUCGUACCCCAGUUCACUCAUGCAGGACUUCCUCUGGUUUACUAAGGUGUCGUAUCUGUGGGAGGAGAUUCCCUGGCUGCAGCAGUGUCUCAGUCCAUCCCAGUCGUCCUGCUCCUGUACUCUACAGACACGCCUCAAAAUGCUGCAGGCUGUCUCCCUGCUACAGGGAAUGCUUGGCACCCAGGACCUUGGUCAGGUGUAUUUUGAGCCAAUCAAAGACAAGCACGGUAACGCCCUGCUGGUGCUCCUGAAGGACAUGAACGCCUGUCCCAACCUGGACGGGGUCCGCUGGACGCAGCUUUGUAAACUCCAGCUCCAACGCAAGUCCAUCUCCUCCCCUGAAGAGCCCACCGCCUUGGACAUGCUCCUCAUCACUCUGCAUGAGAAGCUGGCGUAUCACAGGCGGAGCAGGAAGCUGCUGUCUCCAGGUUUAUACCUGGGCUACCUGAAGCUGUGCACAUCAGUGGAGCAGAUCAGAGCGCUGGUGCCUCAGAAACUCCCCAACGUCCUCUGUCACACGAAAAUUCGGGACAACAGCAACGUGUCCAGAGAGGAGUGGCAGUGGCUGCAGGCCCUCAGCUGUCUCGAGGAGUCGCUGGAGAUGGAUCAGGACAGACAGAGCGCUCCACAUCGCCUCCUACAGGAGCUACGCAGCGCCAUCAAGGGACUGAUGGCCCACAUCAAUGUCCCCGGCAAUCAGGCCCAGGACUUCCGAAUCUACUGCCAGGAAGUUGUGGAGUUUGGGGAGAAAGUGUCCUUCUUGCUCCUCCUGCCACCAUCAGAUGAAGUGUGCACAGCCCCUGGUCAGAACAACCCGUACUCCCCCCGCUCUGGCUUCCUCACCCUCCCCCUGCAGAUCUUUGAGCUGGUCCACUUCAAUGCCUACAGCCCCAGUUUCAUCGGCCAGUACUGCAGAGUGUCGGCUUUGCUGGAGCUGGAGUCCCUCAUGUCCCAGCAAUCACUGAGAGAGGCCUUCUCUGAGGCCGAGCUGCAUGUUGCGAAGAAGAAACACCAGCAGGUCCAGGACCACAUACAGCAAAUGGAGGAUGUGUGGCGGGAUGCGAGGUGGAUUAUGGACGCCUUGCAGUACGCCCGCUACAAGCAGCCAAUAGGAGGCAUCUCCAUAACCUGGAUAAUUGACUUCUCCAAUGACGUGAUGCCCGACAAGCCUCCCUCCACCUCCUCCCAGCCAGACUUCAUGCCCUCGCCGAUGCCCUCACCCGAACCCUGCCGCAAGCACUCAGAUUUUGCUGGACUAUCAGACGAGGAAGGCUCCUCCGAGGUCUUCCUCACCACGGACAGUGACUAUGACUCCAGUCGAGCCCAGAGCCCACGGGAGCUGGACCUGCUGCCCCCCUCACCACUCUCAUCCUCUGCACCCCUGGAGCCUCGUGGCUACUUGUGCAGCGAUGGAAGCGGCUCUGGGGGAGGGAUGUGUCUUGGCGGGGGCGGACAUGGAGGAGGCGUGCUAAGGGAUUCCACGCCAGACGUCCUCCAGGCCUCAGAGCUGCUGCACGGGAGGGAAGGUGAUCGUUGCGGAGUGGGGGGAGGAGUUCGGUGCGGAGGAGACAGGCGGAGGGGGGCGCCGGAGUUGUUCGACAGUGACUUCAUCCUGCCGAGCCGACAGAUUGAGCUGUUGCACAUAACAGAGAAGAGGCAGGCGUUCUGCGUGAGGACAAGCAGCCUGGAGUUUCCCUCCAACAACUCACCCCCCCAUCAGCCUUACUCCUCCCACACUACAUGCCACUCACCCUCCUCAUCACCUCAGCGAUGGCAUAGGCCUUCAUCAGUGGAGCGCUGUUGCUCGGCUGAGCGCUGCUUACCACAGCUUCCACCAGCUCGUACGUUAUCGGAGGACAGUGGCACCCAGAGACUCUCCUCGCCAUCACCUGCUGCCCUCAGGAAAGGCUGUCACGCCACGCUCAGAGUGUACCCACAGUAUCGCACAGGCCUGCCGAAGGAGACCAGUGUUAAGCUUUGUGUAACUUCAGGCACGUCGGCGCAGGAGAUGGUCCAGCUGGUGGUGCAGGAGAUGAACGUCGUGUCUCGGCGCCUGCUUGGCAGCGGCGGCGGCAGCGGUGACCAGGAGCAGUGUGUGUACUACAGCCCUGAACAGUUGAAGCACUUUGGACUCGUGCUGGUUGUGGGCAACAGAGAAAAGUGGCUUCAGGAUGAUUUCUGCCCCCUGGAGCUCCAGAACCCCUGGCUGAGGGGCAAACUAUGCGUUCGCAUUAAGGAGUAUUCACCGCUAGCACUGAAACACAGCCGGGCCACCACAGUGUGAUGCUUCCAAGAGAGAGAGAGAGAGAGAGAGAGCUCAUGCCUCUUUUGAUAAAUGCAUAUUAAAAUCAAGGAACUGUUACAUUUGUACAAACUGUCCACAGACUCCUGAAUUUUAGUGUAUUUUCUCUCUCAAUGGGUUACUGUCAACGACUGAAACAUGCUAUGUUAUAUCUUCGGCUGUCUUCUUGUUAUCUUAAAACACUACUCUGAGAAUCUGUUUCCAUGAAAUGUGUUCUCCCGUACAGAAGACCUUUUUUUAUGAACAUCAGAGAGCCUCAUAUGGACACCAAAUGAACAAUAACAAAAUGGAACAAAGAGAAAAUAGUUUUCUCGUGCUGUCAGCCUGCAUUGGGAAAGAGAUUGUGAUGCGCAGCAGGAUUAAUGGAGCGUCACUUUGACUUUUGGCAUUAUCGACGCCGGCACAUCAGGCCACGCGCGUUGCCAAAUUACGUUGGGCAGCAUCUUCGUCACACACGGACGUGAACUCUCUCAUUGUGUCAUUCCCAGAGAGCUGUCGGCUGCAGCCGCCCGGCCCCUUGUUCCCAGGAUGUGGGCUCUGGACCUGGACCAGAGGGUGGGAAGGAAGGCAGGAGUACAGAGGGGGGCUGGCGUCUCCGCUUGGGGACGCAAUCAGCCCAACGAUUUGGCCUGUUAGCCUGUCACUCAACCGCUCUUGGCCACUUAGGCUGUCCGGUAGCGAGGAAGCCAAGCGAGGGAGAGAGAGAUUAACAGAGAAUUAGAGAGAGAGAGAGCGAGAGAAUAGAGGGGGAGGAGAAGGCUGCAUCUUUUAGAUCUUGGCACCGUCUCUCUGGAGCUCUUCUUCCCCCUUUUACAGCAGCAAAUCCUCUGUAUAGUAGACUCAGUCGUAGUGUAGCUCUCUAAUAUGAUCAUGCCAUCUUGUGAAAGUACCACAGAAUAAAAACCAGGUCAUUUGGAUUUUCACAACAGACGGAAAAAGAAAACAAGCAAUACCCCGCCUCUUGUUGUUUGUCUAAUUGGUGGAAAAUGCAUGUGAACCCUUCCAGAAUUGUACAUCUGAAGUACUGUAGUCAUGCUGUACUAAAAGUUAACCGGUUUAGUGUUUUGUUGUGUUUGGGUUCAGUGGUAUUCCCAGAAGCACCAGAAAACGGUGCCUGUCAGUCUAGAGCCGGGUCUCCCAGAGGGAUUCAAGUGUGAAAGGGAUGACUUAAGUUGUUAGGAGGCCAGACAUUUGUAAGCAAAGCCACAUACUAUACUUUCCACAGUGUCUCCCACAGUGCUUCAAAAUAACUUACAUAAGAAAGGACUUAACCAGAAGAAAAAUAUUUUAGCCCCAGUGACACAUGGGAGACUCUUGACAAACCACAAUGACCUGCAAGGUGGGGGUCAUGCAACCAGCUGACAGUGGGCUGGUUUUAUUUUGCCUUGUGCUGUAGAAGAAGGUACACAGCAAAGGGAAUUACAUUUUACUGACCUGCUAAAAAAAUAGUGACACUCUACAACAAAGUGGGACACUCUUAAAUUAAUCUCAUAAAACAUUAAUUGAAUCUAUAAACCUAACUCCUAAUUCAUAAACGGAUAUUGGUCAGUAUGAAUUAUAUAAAUCUGAAAGAUAACUAGUUAAUAACUAGAUUCUAAUUCCCCCUGAAGUUAUUUGUCAUUGAAGUACAGUACUUGAGAAAAUGCACCGUGUUGCCUCCCAACACCAGAAGCAUCAAACCCAAUUAGUGCAAUUUCACUGUAGCAGCUAUAGACUGUAAAUAAAGAUGGACGAUGCCUCUUCCAUCAUCCAUCUUUAUUCUUCUCCUCCCACUAUCCAGAAAUGAAGCCCAAAUAUCCAGUUUGCGAAUGCUGCCAUUUUUUGCGCAUUAGGAGUCUGCGCAGUAGCAUCAGGGGUUGAGCUGUGGAAGCCAGGUCCUGCUCAGCCAAUCGUCUCAGCCGUCGAACAGGACGUUUCACCUUGUCUUUAUAGCAUCAAAUAACGACUUAAAACCAAACACUGGAAAUAUUUGCACUUGGACAGUCAGUUUGAUAAGAACUCCCUAAAUUUGCUUGACGUGUACUCUGAAUUUUUAGUUUGGUCCAUGACCUGCUGACCACAGUCAAGAAACUGCAAUGGUACGGCCCCGCACCAGCUUUGUGACCCUCACUUUGCAAGAUGUAGCAGUCCACACAGGUUCCUGUGAUGCUGUCAUAACCUCAGUCACCACAACUCUGAUAAAAUACUACACAUUCAUUCUAACUACACAAUAAAUUAGGCCUCUUAACAAUCUAAACAUCUGUUAUAGCUCUUUUUUUGGGACCCUGUGCCAACUUUUGCUUUCUCUUCUCACACUGCACUUAAGAGUCUGAAACUUCCUAACAUUACUUUUGUGAACCAGCACAAUCUGUCUUUCGACUGAUUUCCACAUCUCAUGCUAACAGACUCUUCAGGCAGUUAAGUUUUCAUUUUUGUUCCUAUUAUCCAUUCUUCAACGUGUCAAUAAUUAUUUUUCCUUUUCUAAAAAAACCAACAAAGCUCAGCAAUGUCAUACCACUAUAAUAACCUGCAGCAUUUCUAAAUGUAGCACCAGGAAGGUCCAGAAGACGAGAGUAUGAUGGGUGAAGUCAGAGGACCUGGCGUCAGUUUCUGUAGCAUUCCAGGCUCACAGGAGGGAAUUGAACCUGUGGCGGGGGGGAUUCAACAGUGUCUCUCUCAAAGUGUUUACAGAGUUUAUUCUCCUUACACUUUUCAAAAAUGUGUUGAUGUGUAACUACUGUACAAAGAUGUCUUAACACAAACUAAUGUUUUAAAGUGUAAUUGGUUUUACUGAUGGCUUGAACUUGUGUUAGAGCUUAGACGUCUUCUUUAUUCACAUUGUUAAAAGGUUUUUUUACGAGGGCCGACUGCAAAAAAAACAAAUCACACAACCCGAAACCCGAAGCAUGUAAAUAGACAAACGAGAGCAGGGGUUGAAUGUACUGUAUCUGCCUGAAAUGUGAAAGUGAAUGUGGGGCUGUAAUCGCCACAGGGGUCAAAGGUCGGUGAAGCUACAGGGCAGGAGUCUGUCUCUAGAUUGUGCAGGAGGGGGGAGAAAGGGGGUUUAUAUUCCCUUUUCCAGUCGAAAAACAUUAGGCCCCAUGUUUACAAGGAGCUGGUGGCCGAGUCAUGAAGGAGACAUCACGUCACUUUUUUUAAAAUCUAUUUUUAUUGAACAAUAAAUGAAUAUUACAAAA